AUGGGCUUUGUAAUCUUUGAGGGACAGGACCCCAUUUUGCGUUCCAACAGCGAUAUGAAACGCAUCUUUCUUGGCGCACCUGAUUUCUCACUUCUUCUCUUCUCUGCUUCGGCACAACGAACCACAACAAAGCAACGUCUUAUCGAUUGUUGCUCUGAUCCCAGUCCCUCUACACCCAGUACUUCGUACUUUGCGAAGCUCCAAGGCAUUGUUCUGCUUACUUAUCUGAGAGAACCUGUCAACUUCAGUAUGCCGUCCAACCUGCGCCGGCUCGCUGCCGAUCAUGCCGCCUUACACAACGAUCUCCCGCCGUACUACUUGAAGCCAUCGGAGGAUGACGACUUAUCACAGUUGAACAUCUUUCUCACCGGUCCGCCAGGCACACCUUUUUCGGAAGGAUUGUGGAGGCUUGACCUCAAGAUGCCGGUCGACUAUCCUCAGAGCCCACCCAAGGCGACAUUCAAGACAAAAAUCUGGCACCCCAAUGUGGAGGAGCUUACCGGUGCUGUCUGUGUCGAUACCCUUAAGCGGGAUUGGCAACCGAACCUGACGCUGCGCGAUGUACUGGUGACGAUCUCAUGUCUUCUCAUCUACCCGAAUCCUGACUCUGCGCUGAAUUCCUCUGCCGGCGCCCUCUUGCAAGAGAAUUAUGCCGCCUUUGCUCACCAAGCCAAACUAAUGGCCUCAAUUCACGCCCCAAUACCGUUCAAUCUUAAAGAUGCAGUGAACGAUGCAAAGCUUCGAGGCGAUGAUACAACAGCCGUGAUCGAGGGACACCAAGAGAUAUCCCUCCAACGAGCUCGCAGACAGCGACGAACCCACACCGCAGCAACAAAGAAGCCCAUGCGCCGAACCACACCAAUCGACACCCUUGCACACUCACACCCCUUCGCCCAGGGCUCCCAAUCAAUGUCUGACGACGAAAAUACCGAUGGCGAAAAUGAAGCCAACGCAAGCAAAGAAAACGAUCCAUCACUCUCCCCCUCCCCAGUUAACCUGGCACCCCCGUCACCCCGCAAAACCGCCCUGGGCAAACGUCCCCUCUCAGUCCUCUCAAUACCCUACCCGGAAGACGAAGCAGACAUGAUGCUAGUUGACCAAGACUCUGACACCGACUCACCAACCCUGUCUUCAAACGAACAAAACAUAACCGCAAACCUUCGCUCCCGCACAUCCUCUCCACUACGCAAAACCCCGAAACUCUCUCUCCUAAGCAGAGGCAUCAACGCCUCUGGCCGACUUCACGAUACAAUGCCUAUUUUUGAGGAUUUCCCUUCUCUAUCAAUGGCCGACCCCUCCCGCCGGCUGAGCGGCGACGGAAAAGAAAACCGCGGUUCCGCGACUAUUCGCGGUCUCAAGGAAAAACGGGACCUGCAUCACUGCAAGGCGCUCAACAGUAAUCCUCACUUACCAACAUCCCUCCAGCACACACCUACCCCAUCGCUGUCUUCCUCCAUCCCCGUUUCGAAGAUCAGCAAGAGCAAGAAGAGUAUCGGUGGUCUGCGCAAAACAACUGCUAUGAAGGCGAAGCCCCGUCUUGGUGUACGUCGGCUAUGA